AUGCACCAAGAAAUCGAGGUGUACGUUGAUGACGUGAUCAUUAAAUCCAGAACACAAGAAGGCCAUGUGCAAGAUUUGAGAAAGUUCUUCGAGCGUCUGCGCAGGUAUGACUUGAAAUUGAACCCAGCUAAAUGUGCAUUUGGGGUUCCAUCUGGGAAACUCCUGGGGUUUAUAGUCAAUCGGAGGGGUAUUGAGUUAGAUCCAACAGAGAUAAAAUCUAUCCGAGAUCUGCCACCUCCGAAAACUAAGAAAGAGGUCAUGAGUUUGCUGGGAAGGGCUAUGAAAGUCCAAGCCUUGGUCGAUCAUUUGGCUGAGAACCCGGUUGAUGAUGAAUACCAACCCCUAAGCACUUAUUUCCCAGACGAGAAAGUAAAAUCAGUUGAGGUAAUUCCAGAAGACAUCAAGACUUGGAAAAUGUUCUUUGAUGGAGCUGUAAAUACAAAGGGUGUUGGGAUUGGGGCAAUUUUGAUUUCCCCCACUUGUCAGCACUAUCCGGUUAUGAACCGACUUCGGUUUCUCUGUACGAAUAACACUGCUGAAUAUGAAGCUUGCAUCAUGGGCAUGAACAUGGCAAUUGACAUGGAUUACAUGGCGCUUAAGAAGAAGGCGAGAAGCGGCCAAGGGGCCAAUGCCACCCUAAUAGUGGCAGAAAAUAUAAUACCUGAUGUUGCUGGUGAGAACCCAAGGAGUGAGGACAUUCCCCCAACCACGACACCUCCUGAUUCUACUACUCUUGCUGAGAAUAUACAUAUUCCUCCUCCAACUAAUACUCCAGUUCCACCUCCGGUCCUAGUGUUUCUGAUGGGAACCUUAGGGGAGCCAUCCACUCAUUGA